AUGGCGUCUCUUCUCUUACCUUCAUCAGGAUUUCUCCAAAUUCGAAGUCAAAGCAAUGGCCAAUCCUUACUUCUCCCUCGCUCCACCUCCAGAACACCACUUUUCGUCUCCUUACCCUCUCUCCGUCCGCUGAGACCGAAUCACUUCUCUGUUUCCGCCGGAGCUUCGAAGAAACCAUCGGAGUCUGUCACGGCGGCGGCGGAGACGGAGAACAGAAAGCAGCAGGCGAAGAAGAAUUUGAGCGCGGUGGAAGAAGCAGAAGAGGAAGUAGAGGAGGAUAUGUUGUGGAUUCAGGAGAAGGCAUUAGACCUAGUCGAGUUCACUGGAUCGGUGACCCAGGCGAUUCCUGGACCUCGAGUUGGAAGUAGCAAAUUGCCGUGGAUGCUCGCCGUUCCGUUAGCUUACGCCGGCGUAACGUUCGUCACUGCCUUCGUCAAAACCGUUCAGAAGUUCUCUUCUCCUAAAACUCAGCGCAAGAAACUGGUGAAUCAGAAUGCUAUGGUUUGUAGAUCUAUAGAUGAGCUCUUACAGAAAGAAGAAAUCGUGCAUAGCGCUGAGCUUAAAGCACUUGAAGAAAAGACAGAGUUUAACAUGGAGGAGAUAUUGCGGAAAUACAUCCGCUAUGCGUUGAAUGAGAAACCGUUUAAUCCCGAUCUUGUUGCAAGUCUCAUUCGUCUCAGGAGAGCUUCUGGUUUGAAUGAUUCUCAGAUUCCUGGGAUUUUGAACGAAAUCUCUCGUCGUAUUGUUAAAGAAAAAGGUCCUGUAGUGAUGAAUAUGCAAGGGUUUACAGAGAAGGGGUUCAAGAGAAAACUCGCCGUGCAAGCGCUUUUUGGAAAAAUUUACUAUCUUUCCGAGCUUCCUGACUUCUGCUUGAAAGACAACUCCUUGAUUGUCAAGGAAAUAUUCGGAGUUACAGAUGAAGACGCAGAGAAGCUGCGGAUACACGCGCUUGCUGAAGCUGGAGACAUAGAGUCGCUUGAGAAAAUGGUGGAAUUUGAGAAAUCGGCUGAGUCUUCUUCGGAGAAAGAAGAUUCAAAUGAAGAAGAUGACUCUAAUACUACUGGUUAA